AUGCAUAAAUUAGUCACAUUUUUAAAGAAAAAGAAAGAUCCUACAACAUCAUCAUGGGCAUAUUUAGAUAGAGAGGAUCAUGAUGGAAAGAAUAAACAUCACCAUCACCAUCACCAUCAUCACGAUGGAGCAUAUGGUAAUCAUCAUUCUGGUAGUAGCAAAAAGCAAAAAAAGAAACAACAACCACCUAAAUUUGAUUCCGAUGAUGACUCUGAUGAAAUGAUUCCAGAAGAGGUUAGAACUAUAUCAAAGACAAUAGAUUUUACCAAAGGAGAGAGGAAAUGGCUUACCAAUUUAAAUCUUUCACCUGAACUCAUCGAUCAACAUCUUCCCAUACUCUUGAAUAUCCUAAACUUUUUGUCGAGAAAGGAAGGUGUUUACUAUCGAUACGCAGUUCCACAGGCACCACAAACAUCGAUAUUGUCUCAUCGUAAAGCAUCUAUUUCAAAAUCUUCAAAGUUAUCAUCUUCAACAUCGUCGUUGCCUGCUCCAACUGCAGAGACAAUAUCAUCAUCUUCAACUAAUUCUGAUCAUCAUCAUCAUCAUCAUCAUCAACAACAAGAACAACAACCACCACUAACUACUACAAGUACCAGUACUAUUACAACACCAAUUGAACAUAAUAAUAAUAAUAAUAUUCAUAAUAAUAAUGAACUAAUAACAUCAAAUAAUACUAACAUCACAUCACCAACAAUUAUACAGCAAUCACAACAACAACAACAACAACAACAACAACAACAACAACUACAACAACAAACAGAUGAGCAAGAGCUAUUAAAAGUAAUAACCGAUGGUAGUAAUACUGUUGCAGCUACCUUUGAAAUAUCAACAUCUGUAUCUCCACCUGUCAAUAACACUACAAAUAGUCCAACAAUCAUUUCUUCUGAACACACAAACAACACUGCCGCUGCUGCCACCACCACAACAAAUAAUAAUAAUAAUAAUAUUUCAUUAAAUCUACAACUACACCCAAAAUCAUUAUCUUCAUCACAAUCAUCAUCAAAUAUACCAACACCACCACCUCCUCCACCCGUUGUAAGACACCGAGGAGACUAUAACAGAGUAUUUAUUGAACCUGGAAAGUACUAUUUACAUCCAGAGCAAGAGAGUUUGGCAAUGGCAAGAUUAGUGGCAGAGGAAGAAGAUCCAACCAAACUAUUCCGAGUUGCCGACAAUAAUGAGAUCAAAGGAGCAUUUGGAACAGUCUAUCAAGUAUACUAUAGCAACAAUCAAUAUCACCACAAUGAAUUGGCACUCAAAAAGAUGGAUCACAAAUCAGAGAGAAACAGAAGAAAUAACCUAAACGAAAUAUCUGUGAUGCGUUAUCUAAAGCAUCCAAAUAUAGUUACAUUUGUCAAUUCCUAUGAAAAGAAUGAUGAAGAGAUUUGGUUGGUGACAGAGUUUAUGGAUGGUGGUACUAUAAAGGAAGCAAUAUCAAACUUUUCUUUUACCGAAAAAUAUGUUGCCUAUAUCAUCAAGAAUAUUCUACAUGCUCUAGAGUAUAUUCAUUCCCAUUCAAUUGCUCAUAGAGAUUUAAAAAGUGAAAAUGUUAUGUUAAACAGUAAAGCUGAAGUAAAAUUAAUUGACUUUGGAUUCUCAAUUGAUUUAACAUUAUUAAAAGCAGAUAUUCAUAUGUGUGGAUCACCAUUUUGGAUGUCACCAGAACAAAUUCAAGAAAAACCUCAUGAUACUUCAGUUGAUAUUUGGAGUGUUGGUAUGAUCACUGCAGAGAUGAUGAAAGGAGUUGUUCCUCAUCAUCGAUCAAAGAUUAGAGCCAUGUUUUUAAAUGCCUCUGGAGGACUAAAGUUCUCAAAAGAGAAAAAGUACUCUUCUCAUUGGUCCAACGAAUUGUUUGAAUUUCUCGAUUGUUGUCUUCAAAUGGAUCCAAAGAAAAGACCAAAUGCCACUGAACUUUUGUGCCACCCAUUUAUUUCAACAGCUGCCACUAAAUCUGAAAUGUUGGAUUUAUUACCUUUAUUGUUCAUGUCUAAAACUAUUUCAAAAUACUCUUCAAUGAGAGAAUAA